GGCCUUUCAACCUUGGAGCUGAUGUCCUAUCUUCAUGGUUAAAACUAGCAGAGUUUCCCACAAAGAAUGGGGUUGAAGAUUUAGAGUUGCGAUGCACCAUGUUCGGCCUCCAAGUAUGCCUCGGUGCACUGCCACCGUCCAAUAAGGGAGCAUGCUCCCUCAGCCUCCAACCUCUUUUCAGCCUUGUCGCGUAUUCCCGUUUUUGCAUAUUAGCUGCCACGACCCCACCGAUCACUAGAUGUCUUCGACGGCUACAAAACCUCCCAAACUCUCAACUCGCAUCUUCGACUUCCCUCGGACCUCAGAUCUCCCAAUCUAAUGACCUUGACCGCUGCGGGUCAUGUCAUAGGAGCAUUUAGAGUUCUCAGAGAAUGCAAAAGAAGCCCAUAGUCUCGUAAGGAUGAAUACUCCGUUUUUCUGUUCUUUAGGUAAAGAAAGCAAGCAGGAACUCCAUUUUUCAUGUCGACAGAAAUUCGAUCUGAAGAAGUCGGGCACUUCUUUAAUGCUCCUACCAGAGGCAGCGACGUCUUCUAUGGCCGAGAAGACCUCCUUCUCGAAAUAAAGCAGUCGCUGCACCCAAAGCCAUCCCAACCGAAACCAUCCAACCAGUCUCUUCCGAAUACCGUGUGGCUGUCAGGCCUUGGAGGUGUCGGAAAAACAGAGAUCGCUCGUGAAUAUGCGUUUCGCUGGUCUUCAGAUUACAAGGUCGUCCUCUGGAUCAACGCAAAAAGCGAAUCUACAAUCUUGAGGAGCUUUGCCGUCAUCGCCGUUCUGCUAGGCAUUCUGCAGCCGAACGUUGAGCUGAAUCCACGACAUGGUUUGCGUUUGACGCAGAACUGGCUGGCAGGCUUAGCUGGAAGAAAUCCCGAUGGUCAUGACUCUUGGUUGAUGAUCUUUGACAAUACUGACGAUCCAAUUUUGCUGGAUGAUUUCAUUCCUCGACACAGUCCUAACGGUGCAGUACUCAUCACAAGCCGGCGACCAUCACCAGGUGCCUCCGAGGCCACUGCUCUAGAAGUCCUACCACUGUCCAACGAAGAUGGACUGCAACUCUUACUUGAUUUGUCACACCUCCACGAUAACGCUGAGGUUGAGGGUGACAACAUGGCAGCUGGCGUAGGAAGGGCAAAGGAUCAGUGAGGAAAGCAUGAGUUGUAUUGAGGUGCUGACGAGUGGCUAUAUAGUGAAUAGAACAGGG